CAGUGCUUGGCUUCGAGCUUUGGCGACUUGAGGCGUUCGGAUCAGUGACACGUGAAGCGUUGAACCGAGUUGAACAUGAGUUUCGAUCGCAAACUCGACUGGUCGGUGCUCGGACGCACUCAGGGGCGUUUUGUAGUGGAUAUUUUAUUGCUAAUUGUGCUGCUGGUGGCGAAUGCGUAUUUAAAGAAAUGGUGGGGCAAGGGCACGCAGCGUGGAUUCCACUGUGACGAUGAGUCGCUGAUGUAUCCUUAUCAUGAGGAUACCAUAACGCCGUCCAUACUGCAUUGGACUACUUCGUAUUUUCCUUUUGUGGCUGUGCUGCUGCUGGAGCUGCGGCGCUGCUGGUCUAGUGGCUCUCGCCGUUCGCAGCUGUUCUGGCCUAUUUUCAACAUCAUGCGCUGGUAUCUGUUCGGUCAUGUUGCCUCCAAUAUGAUCAAGGACAUGGGCAAGAAGACCAUAGGCAGACUGCGUCCGCAUUUCUUUGAUGUUUGCCGUCCUAAGCUGCAGGAUGGCGGCCUCUGUACGGAUGAAGCGCAUCGCUUGGGCGGCGUCUAUUACACCAGCUAUAGCUGCCAGCCUGAAUUAUCUGGCGCUACGCCUGAGAUGAUAAAAAAUCUGUACGUUUCCUUUCCCAGUGGACACUCGAGCAUGGCAUUCUAUGGGCUUGUGUUCUUGGCUUUUUACUUGCAACGCAGCAAGUUGCCACAGCCGUCGAGCUUGCUGCGUCCAGUGGGGCAACUGCUUUGCAUUGGCUACGCCACAUUCGUUGGGCUCAGCCGUGUCAUGGACUACAAACACCAUUGGUCGGAUGUUGUGGCCGGCUCGCUGCUGGGCGCCCUUGUUGCGCUUGUGGUUGUCAGCAUGGCAGAAAACCAGCGUCGCCAUCUAACGAGCGACCAGCGAUAUGCAACCAGCAAGUCAACUGCAGCUGCUGCUGCUGCUGCUGAUGCCGAUGCCAAUGUGGAGUCUGCUGAUACAGCUAGCAGCACGGAAAAGGAGCAGCUGCCACAUGAUUUGUGUGUAGUUACUUGCCACAGCACUAAUUAGUUUGAAAUUACACGCGCUCUAGCUUUAAGACACUUUAAGCUGCAAACUCAACAUUACGCUAGUUAUUCAUAAGCUAAAUCAGUUCAAGUUUUAAAUUAAAUUAUAUA